AUGACUGAACAUGUGGUCUGCGAUAACUUGAUGAGAAGUAUCGAAGAUACUUGCAACGAGAUCACAAACGAGAUGCCAGACACGGACAACACCGACACCACCGACGUCUCUCCUACCGUCAACAUUGACGUCGAGAUGAACGAAGAAAGUCGAUCCCUCGAAGACGCAACCGUCGUCUACAACAAGCCAACUGAACGAAUUUUCUUUUUCAAGAGAAUGAAGAGCGAGCAUCCGAGACUUGAUGUGCUCUUUCAAGACAAACAAGACUUCCUGUUUGAUGCCAAGUGGGUAGCCAGGGUCAAAGUCCUUGCAAAAUUGUUGCGCAUCAACCUGCGCACGCCCUUCGACGGACACAGCAAGCCGACGUCGGAUGGAAAUGUCGGCAACUGGAGAGCCGGCCAUAUCGAAAAGAAGCUGUCCACGCAUAUGGUGUACACUCUUUUGGCAAUGUACCAAAAGAAGAAGGGCAAGGUAACCCUCAAGGACCUACGCCAUCUAAGACAAAUUCUGCGAGAAGAAGGUUUCAAACCCGAGUUCGAAAUUCAUUUGAGUCGCGGACCGUGUGGCACCCCACACCGUUUAGGCCUAUGUGUCCCGUUCGUUCGGAGACUGUCCCAAAUCACCGGUGUCAAGUUCACGAUACACUCCUAG